UUCUUUUAGUACACCUUCACUGCUGAUGUUUUUGCUGUAAUUUUUCUAGACUAGUGAGAUUUCAGGAAAGGGACUGACUCUUAAUAUCAAAGAAAUAAUUUUCCUUAUAUAUAUAUUUUUGGUCACUUUCUCCAGCAUUGCUGUCUUUUUCUCUCCAGCCUUUGGCCAUUCUCAUCAGGAUGAAAAUGCUUCUGUUUGGUGUCUGGGCCCUGCUGGCCUUGAUCCUUUGCCCAGGGGUCGCAGAAGAGUCGUUUGAGGUUUCUGUUUGGCCAAAUCAGGCCCUGGUGGAGUUUGGACAGUCCCUAGUGGUCAACUGCAGCACUACUUGCCCAGACCCAGGACCCAGUGGAAUAGAGACCUUCUUAAAGAAAACUCAGGUGGGCAAAGGGCCUCAGUGGAAAGAGUUUCUUCUGGAGGAUGUAACAGAGAAUUCCAUCCUGCAGUGCUUCUUCUCUUGUGCAGGGAUUCAAAAGGACACAAGCCUUGGCAUCACUGUGUAUCAGCCACCAGAGCAAGUGAUCCUAGAGGUGCAGCCUGCCUGGGUGGCUGUGGAUGAAGCCUUCACAGUGAAGUGUCGUGUGCCCAGUGUAGCACCCUUGGAGAGCCUCACCCUUGCCCUUCUCCAGGGUAACCAAGAACUGCAUAGAAAGAACUUUAUGAGCUUGGCUGUGGCCUCCCAAAGAGCUGAGGUCAUCAUCAGUGUCAGAGCCCAAAGGGAGAAUGACAGGUGCAAUUUUUCCUGCCGUGCAGAAUUGGAUUUGAGUUUGCAAGGUGGGAGCCUCUUUCAAGGCAGCUCACCCAUCAAAAUACUCCGGAUCUUUGAAUUCUCUCAGACUCCCCAUAUCUGGGUCUCUUCCCUUUUGGAGGUUGGGAUGGCAGAGACUGUGAGCUGCGAGGUGGCUAGGGUGUUUCCAGCCAAAGAAGUUAUAUUCCACAUGUUCCUGGAAGACCAAGAGCUGAGCUCCUUCCUUUCCUGGGAGGGGGACACAGCAUGGGCCAAUGCUACCUUUCGGGCCAUGGAGGCUGGUGAUCAGGAACUGUCUUGCCUUGCAUCUCUGGGUCCAAUGGAACAGAAAACAAGAAAGCUAGUGCAUAGCUACAGCUUCCCUCCACCAAUCCUGGAGCUGAAAGAAUCAUACCCAUUGGCAGGGACCGACAUUAAUGUGACCUGCUCAGGGCAUGUAUUAACAUCACCCAGCCCUACUCUUCGGCUUCAGGGAGCCCCAGACCUCCCUGCCCCUGGGGAGCCUGCCUGGCUUCUACUUACUGCCAGAGAGGAAGAUGAUGGCCGAAAUUUCUCCUGCGAGGCCUCUUUGGAGGUGCAGGGUCAGUGGUUGAUGAAAACCACUGUGAUCCAGCUCCAUGUCCUAUACAAGCCACGGCUAGAGGAAUCCAGUUGCCCUGGCAAACAGACCUGGCUGGAAGGGAUGGAACACACGCUUGCCUGCGUCCCAAAGGGAAACCCAGCUCCAGCCUUGGUGUGUACCUGGAAUGGGGUGGUCUUUGACCUUGAAGUGCCACAGAAUGCAACCCAGAACCACACCGGAACCUACUGCUGCACAGCCACUAACCAGCUGGGCUCUGUCAGCAAAGACAUUGCUGUCAUUGUUCAAGGACUAGAUGAAGGAAUCAGCUCUGCCCUCUUUGUCAUUAUUACCGUUGCCCUUGGAGUGGGUGUCAUCACCAUAGCACUGUAUUUGAGCUAUCGGCCCUGA